AUGCUCGCCUCCGGCCGGUUGUCUGGCGUCGUCGCCCGCGCGGGCAUGAAGCAGCCUGUUCGCUUCCUAUCAACCACACAAAGCAAGGCUCGCGUCCCCAGCUCCAUCAUCUCCACCCUCCCCACUGCUCGCCAGGCUGUCGGGCGUAACGGUUUGCUUCUCAAUGGCGGCCGGAGCACCUUUGCCUCGACCAUGAUCCGUGGUGCGAUGCAAUCUCGGAGUGUUGUCGUUGAGUCCACCGCCGCCGCGCUUAUCACGGCCGCCAAGGUCCACGGUGCCGGUGCGGCCACGAUUGGUCUUGCAGGUGCUGGUGUCGGAAUUGGCACAGUAUUCGGAGCUCUCAUCAAUGGCGUCGCCCGCAACCCGGCGCUCAGAGGUCAACUUUUCUCGUACGCCGUCCUCGGUUUCGCCUUCGCCGAAGCUACCGGCCUGUUCGCCCUCAUGGUUGCCUUCCUCCUCCUCUACGCCUACUAG